AUGGACGCCGUCUCCAGCUCAGUGGACUGCUGCGGCAGUCCAAAUGUCCGUCACUCACGCUCAAUGAUUUCUCACUCUCGUUCGUCUUCGCUGCGUCGCUGGUGUCCCGGGCUGCCUCGCCGACCAUUCAGGAGUCAUGGGUCGCUCUACUAUAGCCUGUUAAUUUUAAUGCUUUCUCUUUGCUUCUCGCCAAUAUCAACGCUGGCGCAACCGACAACUUUCGCAUCGGAUCUAACCGCGGAUGACCCCCGAUCGGCUUUGGGGCCGGGUGGAGAGAUGAUUGUGGAUGAUCUCCCCGAACGAUCAUGGUCACUCGAGCUCCGCGAAAGCGACAGCAACAGCGACGCAAAGUCUUCUGGUGUAGAUCACAAUGAUGGCUUGUUACUGCACCGGAGCAUCCUCACUGCGACCAACUCCUCCUCCAGCGACCUGCCCACCGCGUUCGAUACCCUCUCCAACAACUUCGCCAAUGCCACCUGCACCGCCUUCUUCUCCAAGUUCCGCUCCAAUUCGACCGUCACUGACUGCCACGCUGUUUCGCUCCUUCUCGGAAACUCCAACUCGUUCUUUCACACGCUGACCUCCGCUGUGGCUACCUCUCACGUGCUCGACGUUGCAUGCUCGCAACCAGUCGCCGCAUGUGCAUCGAUCAUGACAUCGCUGGCUGAGGAGAUGCUUCAAGACGACAAUUGCGGCCAGGACUAUGACUCGAAUAACUCAGUUGUCCAGAGCACGUAUCAGGAUUUGAUGGCGUAUGAGCCGAUGUACCGCGCUUCUUGUUUGACCAAUCCCGAUACCCAGGAUUAUUGCUUUGUUGAUGCUGUGACCAAUACAUCGGCUCCCGAAGAUUACAAUGUCUACUUCAUGCCGAUCGGUGGCACAUUGGGUUCGUCUGGAAAACUUACCUGCAACAAGUGCCUGCAAGCCACCAUGGCCAUUUUCGCACACUGGGCCAGCAUCGACGACCAAUCUCUCGACACAACCUACCUCCCCUCUGCCAACGUGGUGAAUAAUUACUGUGGCGCAAACUUUGCGACUACCAAUGUCACUGUUGGCUCCGACAAAGUUACGGCUGGCGCUGGACUGAUGGUGCAAUUGCCGAGUAUCCCACUCGCCGCUUCAUUAUUUACAGUUGCCCUCGGCGCCACAAUAGCGGGGAUAUUUUAA